AAGAGAGGCAGUGGUAGUACUUGCAUGCGCAUUGAACCAGACAACGUGACACGAGGACCGUGGUCAAACGUGCUGGUGGCGACUGCGCAAUGAGUGGCCAGAUGGCGGGUGCCGUCACUGCGUACAUGUUAACGUGGAAGGAGCUGCGCUAUACGUGUAUGCAACAUACUCUCCAUCCCCGCUUCGACAGUGCAUCAGCCUCGAUCAAAGCUACGGCGGCAUCGAAACAGAACUCUGGUUCAAAAUGGUGUUCAUGUCACACCACAAACGGACGGAGUCUCCUCAUGUAGAUUUGCAAGGACGGUGUCUCUACUUGCAUUGCCAACGCUCUUUAGAACCAACCCAGUGUCACUGGUAUACCGACGUAUUGGAGCUGAUGUCAGAUUUUUAAUGUUUUUGAUGUGGCACAAACAGGAGAGUUGGGCAAUCAUGAAUGAAUCGGAUAGAGGGGGUGUAUGCAUUAGUAACGACAGCAGCUCCUCUAUCGGUGGUGACGACGACUGUGAGUCGUCAGAUGAAGGCUCACACCUCGCACACACCCUCGUGGUCUGCUUCAUCUACGGGCCCAUCGUGGUGGUGACCAUCUUGGGCAACUUCAUCGUCAUCACGGCCUUCGUAAGAGAGCCGGCCAUCCGCUGCCGGGUGUCCAACUAUUUCAUCUUCAGCCUGUCCGUGGCCGACUUCCUGGUGGGGCUGAUCAUGGGUUUCAACUUCGUCUGGCUGCUGACGGACGACUGGGUGCUGGGCAUGGUGCCGUGUCUGCUGUGGCUCAGCCUCGACUACGCCAUGUCCUUCGCGUCCGUGUUGUCCAUCAUCUCAAUCAGUCUGGAUCGCUACCGGCUGGUCACUUUGAAGCUCCGGUACGCUGUUGUGCAGACGCGGCGUCGGGCAACGCUGACCAUUUGCAGCUGCUGGGCAUUCUGCUUGGUGUUCUUCCCGGCGGUUGUCGUCUUGUGGUCUCCCGUCACGGGAGAGAACAUUAUCGACUACAGCUUUGAAUGCGACUUACAGUCCCGUGAAAACUUGUACCUGAAUCUGUUUCUUAUUGCCAUAGAGUUCAUCAUUCCGUUGAUUGUCCUGGUGUACCUCAACACCAGGUUGUACCUUCUUGUCAGGAAGCGGGCCAAGGGACUGGUCUUUACUUUUGGAGAUCCUGUCCCCACUGUUUCAAGCGGUGUGGCUGCCCCGUCUUUCAAGACAGCACGUGGUGACAGAGCGAGCGGCCUGUUGUACAUUACAGAAGCUAUCCCGGGCAGAGUCUCGCUGACAUCCCUGACGUUGCUCAUUCGUGACGACAGCGGGACGAAUACUGGUGCAGAAACGGCCCACACCGCAGUGGCCAGCACCGCCUGCUCGUCACCUGAGCCGUCGAAUGAACCCACUUCGCACCAGAGCCCCCUAGCGAACAGCUACGCCCAAUCGACACGACGGGCAACCUUCCACCGUUACAGGGAGUUCCAGAAGCACCGCAAGGCGGCUGUAACUCUCAGCCUCUUGGUCGGGGCGUACAUUCUCUGCUGGCUACCGUUUUACAUCAAGAACACCAUCUUGGCCUUCUGCGGCGACUGCAUUAACUACUACGUGCAAGAAGUGACCGAUAACUUGCUGUGGUGCAAUAGCACCAUAAACCCAAUCCUGUACGCUCUCUUAAAUAUGAAGUACAGGCGGUAUUUUGCCAGAGUGUUUCGCCAACUUUGCUGUAUGUGUAACAAGUGAAUCGAGGAACAAAGUGGAACAAGCGUUCUAAUUGCGACUGACACACCCCGAGAGAGCUAAAUCCGCGUGGUCCGUCGGCGUCCAUUCAGGGUGGCUUCAAAUGUACCACUGUACAGACAGGUGAUUGAUACCAGUAGCGUGACUGCCCAGUCGAGUUCGCUUAAUCCCAAAUGCCAGUCUCAAGUCCGUCUCAUGUCUGCAACAGUCGAGUUUUGGGCCAGAUACAAGUCUGGAAAUUUUCACAGCAAACCUAAUAUGGAAAAGUCCAAAACUAAUCAUAAUGAACUCAUUUUCAUCAACAAAAACCAGUUUCCUGGACUAAGAUUGCCACCUGUACUUACAGAUUGCUUAAACUCCAGAAAUCGUUCCCGACCGUCUCAUGUUUCCGUGUUAAUUACCAAAAGUUACACAAUGAUAACACAGUGUUUUGUUUUUAAGAACAGAGGUGGUCUGAAGUAUGCAAGGCCACUGAGAAAGUUUCAGUUAGGUGAGUAACGUCAGGCCCUUUAAAUUUUCAGCUUAUUUCUAUUGUUUUACUUCGUUGUUGUUUUCAAACAAGUAGCUAACGGGAUACCUUGAAAUUAAAGAUUUUCAAAGCAAACAGCCUCUUAACUUUGUACUCCAAACAGGUUUAACCCUAAAAGAGCCGGGAGGAUUCCCUCGACAGUUGAUUUUUCGAUAUCGCCGCGGUACUUUUUUUCAGGAUUUGAGCCUUCAGGAGUUUUAAAGUAACUCUUUAAUUGUGGUCAUUUUGACACCAAUUUCGCACAAAAAAGUGAAGGUACAUUUCUUACGCAGCACGCGUUUUUCUGGGACGGGUCGGCCAAAAAUAUAUACAUGUACUUUUUUCGUGGCGGUGCUCCACGCACGUGUGCUGGCCUGAACUUAAAAUGACUGUGACAACAAACCCGUGUAUUUGACUGAUUUAUAACUUCACAUUUGUAAUGAUAAGGAGUUUCUGUACAAGCAAAAAAAUCGAGCCAGGCACGGCCGAGUUCUUGGGAGGGCAGAGUCCGCCCCCCCCGGCCGUGACAUGGGCCAAAAUAACCCGGCUCUGUUAGGGUUAAUGGAUAUAUGUUUUAUUAAAACUACUAAGAAAGUUCCUUACAUUGUAUUUGUCAAGUUAACCUUGAGUAACUGCUGUUGCUAGAAAAAAUGUCGACAUGUUUUAGAUAUGCAACUUGCUUUAACUUGCUUUUGUGCCGAGACGUAUUAGCGACCCAUGUACUGUAUAUCUACCUUAGUUUUGAUUGCAAGAAAAUGAAAAGAACGCAAGCCUGGUUUUA